AUGUAUUAUAAUAUUCUGGACAAAUGCAGAGAUAACAAUAACGUUACAACGGCAAGGGUACAGUACAGUUCACCAUCACUAUCCAGGCUGUACUGUGACGGGAGACUGCUGUCAUCAGUCCUGACGACUCUCCAAUACAAGGACGAUCUCUCCUUCCAUCUGGUGUUGUGGUUUUCAGACACGGGCGUGGACAGCGGGAGCUGCCGCUUACGUGGAUGGUGUGGACGCGCGUGGUGUGGACGUGCGUGGUGCUCCAGGGAGACGCGGCAGGCGGCGGUACAGCUGGUUCUGCUGUGUGUAGCCUCCUGCUCUUGGACCUUGCUGCUUAUCUCCCUCACCCUCACUUCCACCACUACACCUGUUCACAGGCACGUGGUGGAGGUGGUAGGGGACUCCGGACCUCAGUGGUCGGGUGGGAGUGCUGGGGCAUGUGAGGAAUGUCUCACCCGUCGAGGGCCUCCCCACACCUACUGGCGGGUGUUCGAGCGACCACUGCAGCAAGUAGUGGCCGCCCUGGACCGCCUGGACCGGCCCUUGGCGCCCCCCGCACUGCGCGCCCACCUGAUGGGCACCAGGACCUUGCUACGUCACCUGGCCUCCGCCCUACACCUACGUGUGAUGGACUACGUUGAUGAGGACACCAACAAAGACGACACGAAGGCGGCAGUGUUGGCUGCGCCCGGUAAGCCAAAUGGACGCUUCGCCUGCCAAGAACAGUUCUUGGGCUCCAAAGUGGGAUACCCGCGCUAUAUACAAGGGUUCACUCGCGUUAACUGCUCCGCCCUACCACUGCGGGAGGUUGUGACGGCCGUUGUAUGGGAUGUGGAGCAUAAGCACCUGGUGAGUCUACUGUCUGACUUUAAUCGUUUAUAUCCUGGUCUGCCUCUUCUUCUGGUCACGGACGCGUUAGUGCAGAAUCGACAAAACCUGAUAAUAGAAAGACCCACACCCUCAAUAACACAAGCGCUUACCAGAAUCUUGACUCACGUAACUACACCAUACGUUCUUCUUGCUCCGCGCUUAUCCCAGUUGAGUGGCCAUUCACGUCUGGAAAGAUUGGUGUGGGUGGCAGAGUGGGCGAGGGUGUGGGCGGUGGGUGGUUCAGUGCGGGGUGUGGAUGGACGAUGGCGGGCGGGGUGCCUGCAGGCAAGGGAGGCGGGCGGGCAGUUGGUGUACAAGCGGGGAUACGACGCCUCAAUGUACGAGUGUCAUCUGUGCCACACGCUAGAGGGGCCAAUGAUCAUGCGGACAACGACCCUGGCCACCCUGGACUGGUCAACACACAAAGCAUCACACCACCUGCUUCUCCCAGAGCUCUUCCUGGAGAUUCACGCUGGUGCAGCGCCUCACCAACAUGCGGCGGCUGUGUGUCCAGACUCCAUGUUCUUGGUAGAGUCACUGGAGCCCCCGUGGGAAGUGGCAUCAAAAUCCCGCCACCAGGAGCGGGAACUGAGGCGGGUUGCUGCCCUCUGGCAACCCUUAGCCAAGCGGCGGCACCUGGCCCGCCUCCAGCUGCCGUCAGGAGUCAACAUUAACUACCCUUGCGACUUUCUGACCGCCAUCCGCCCGACAUACGUCACACACACCUUCCCCACGCCCACGGACAAGAUCACCACGGCAGCAUGGGCGUGCGAAAGACGGGAGGUCACUGCUAUACUCUCGAGUCUCCUUCAGGCGUGUGAUAACCUGCAGAUAAAGUGCUUUUUGCUGGACCCAGCCCUCUCAGCUGUACUGAGGGGCGGCGAGGUGCAGGGGGUGAGGAGUAGGAGUGUGGACCUGGGCGUGGCGGAGGGGAAGGUACUGCCUCGGUUACAACGCCUGGCUAACAUCACUCACAUCGGCGCCUCACUCGAAGGCGGGUCGUUGCGGAUCGAGGGACGAUGGUGGGCGGUGACCGUCACGCCCACACAGCCUACCCAAAACGCCCACUGGACCAGGGUGGAGGUGGUGUCGGGGGUGUGGACAUGGGCGCCGUUAAACGCUAGUGAAGGAUGGGCGGCAGCGGGUGGGCGUACGGACACCCUCCUCCCACAGCUGGAGGUGCUGGACAACUCAGAGGGGGAGGACCUUGCUGUGCUGACGUCCCCGCACUGUGCCCAGGGACGCUCCUCUCAACUAACCCUUAAGUCACCUUAAACUGAUCCCUUAGAAAUCAUUACCCUUAUCACCUUAAAAUAAUUCCUUAUAAAUCAUCCUAAUAUAUUUAUAACUUUAAAACUUUAUUUACCCAUUACAAAACACUAAACUAACUCAUAGAUUAAACUUAUCUCCAGUUACCUAACUAUCAUCCCCUAAACUGACCGUAAACAUGAAGCCAGUCUCGGUUUAAAGGGUCGGGCUUAUGUAUUCACUUCUCUAUGCAAGCUACAAGAGUAUGUUGUGUUUUUCUCGUGAGUGAAAUAUGCGCGUAUAACUUUUAAGAUUUUGGACUCUGCACGGGGUUGCCAGGGGGUUUCUUUAAUCUAAGCUUUGUACAUAGAUAAGGUUAUAUGUUACUAGAGGAUUGAUGAAGACAGACAGACUUAACCAACACAGCCAUAUGACAGUGAUAAUCAAAUUACUGCAGUAGUUAAUUUGUGGGCUAGCAUGUUACCAAAUAUAGUAAUCAAUUUAGUGUUAGAGUAGUGAACCUAAUAACUCCUAUAGUAAUAAUUGUUUCUUGUUCAUACACUGUUGUAACGAAUCAUUUCCCAAAGUAAAACAUAACGAGAUAGUCAUAGUUAAUCUUCGGAACUGCAUCAUAUAAUUGAUCUUAAUGACCUGACAAACUUUAUACAACUCAGUGAAUUAUAUUAUUGUGUAAUAUCAACACAUCACAGAGUUAUCACAUGUUGGUAUUUGAUGUUUUUACUGUAGUAUUUAGGCUACGCGAAUCUUUGGCGAAUUUUAUUAUUUUGUUAUCCAACAGUGGGCGACCUCACUCUGCAUAUUCCUACGUUAUCACAACACAUCUCUGGUUAUUAACUAAAUGUAAGCAGACGUCAUGAUUCUCUGUAAUUUUAUAGUUAAAACUUUGUCAUAAAAUUUGGAAUCGGCUUCGAUGACACAAUCCAUACGACUACAAUCCUGUGCUUGUAAAACUUUGCUAUCCGCCGGCAGUUUUUACGGUGUCGGGGAUUCUGAUACGCUUAAAUUUUCAAAUGGAGAAUAUGAAUAUUGUCACUUGCAGCUUAAUGGGCCAGCAGUCACUCUGUAUUUCACUCACAAUUUCUGAACCAUUUCUGUGUGGUGUCGGCGUACAGAGGUGCGGGUCCCAGGCCAGUCAUUAGUCAUCCUGUACGAAAGGCCUGGCUGGCCUGGCUUGUCUAAAGUUUGUGAUACAUGGUUAUGUUGCUCGUGUGGCUCAGUGACGCUCCACAACACCUCCGCAUCACCUCGCCGCAAUCUGUAGGAAUGUAUGUGUGUGCCGGCCUAACAAAUGCUGAUCAGUUUUCACUAUCUAUUCUGCUCGCUAUCCCUCCACACAUGACACGCCAACCGAAGCUAAGUUAAGCUUACCUGGACCUUCUCUGCCACCUGCCUGGUCAGGGAACAGGUAACUCAAGAAACAGAGAAGAAACUGACUGAAAUAACCAAACAAAAAGAAACCAGGGAAAUUUCUAACACCAUAGG